AUGCGAGUCAGAAUCCCAACUAAGAAAAAGGGUCGUGGCGCAGCUAUUGGAAAAGAUCUAGAGGAGAGGCGGCGUAAAAAUGGAAAACCACUGGAAGUAGCGUUUUGCCCACGAACGUACAAGGUUGUUGGGGGCGAGCACGCUACUUUUUUCCGCCUUGUGGGAACCCAAAUUAAAACGAAAGUUCCCGAACAUUACGGUUCAUGGGAAUUAGUGCCUAAACAAUACAAGGAUCAGGUCCUUGGCAUAAUUCAGUACUAUUAUCAAAUAGCGGGCCGCGAGGAUUUCUUAAAGUGUUUAGAUGGUAUCGAUCGAGAGAUGAAAGACCGAUACCGUAAUAGGAAAACACUAAGACACGAACACUUUGAGAAACACUACAAUGGACCGGAGGAUUGGGAUAAGGUUCUAAACAACCCAACCAAUGAUGUUAACAAUGAGGAGUGGAAGCAGAUCUGUCAGUUAUUUACAAGUCCACAAUUUAUUGCGCGCUCCAUAAAGAAUAAGGAAAAUCGGAAGAAACAAAAGAAUUCUACAAUGCAGGGUACAAAAUCGCUGGCAGCCGUCCGUUUUGAAAAAACGAACCCGGACCUCAUUGAGUCAUGGAAGGAUUAUCAUUGGAAGAAAGCAACAAAUGAUUUCGUGAACGAUGAUGCUCGCCAAGAUUAUGAAAAACUGAAGGCUGAUUUUGAGUUACAAACUCAGCAAACAUCCACUGAUGCUUCUAAUAAUGAUAGUCUGUCAUCAGUUGAUCAGGUGGAGGUGAUACAAAAAGUAUUAGGCCAAAGGCGUGGACAUGUGCGAGGAGUGGGCCGCAAAUUGAAGGGGUCAGGGUCGGGGUCAUCAUCUACCCAACACUCUCACUUCAGCGAGUCUCAAGUUCCUCCUCAUCAUUCAAGAGAAUAUAUAGAAAAAUUGGAGAAUAAUCUACAGAAAUUGACUGAUCAAGUUAAUUUCUUAACUCAAUAUUUUGUACCUUCAUUUCGUCCACCAAACGUUCAGAUGCCGCCUGUGCCUGAUAGUGACAAUAUUUAUAGGGCUUCGUCUUCUCAACCUCCAGCUCCAACUCAUCCUUCUAUGUACGGGGUAGCGCCGUCUCAACAUAUGGUACCUCCAUAUAUGUACGGAGCAACACCUUAUCCGUGUCCGAUUCCACCGUCCUCCCAGCCAUCGUAUCCCUACAUGUAUGGAGCUGGAUCGUCCACAUUACCUCCCCAAUAUCCUUGGUCGAUGCUGCCACCGCAGCAAUCACAACCACAGCCACCGCAACAACCACAACAAGAAGACAAUAGGGAGGAGGACGAGGUAGCUGAUUUAGGAGACUAG